AUGCCGUAUGCCCAUGAGAAUGGCUGCAGCACUUGGCACUAUUCCACAUGCCACGAGGCUGCCAGAAAUGGGCAUUUGAGCACUGUGAAAUUUUUACAUGAAAAUCAAUGCCCUUGGAAUGAACAGACGUGUGCUGCUGCCGCAGAAGGUGGACACUUUCACAUUAUCAAGUAUGCUCAUGAUAAUGGCUGCCGCUGGAGUUCAUCUGCCUGUGUGUCCGCUGCAAAGAACGGACACCUGAAUAUUCUGAAGUGGCUUCAUGCAAAAGCCUGUCCUUGGGAUCAAUCUGCAUGCAGCGCUGCUGCCGGGAAUGGACACUUGAAAGUUUUGAAGUUUCUUCAUGACAACGGCUGUCUCUGGGAUAUGCAAACAACUCGUGCUGCUGCUGAAAAUGGACACUUGGAUGUGCUGAUGUAUGCUUAUGAAAAUGGCUGUCCCAUGGACAGAGAGUCCAGCAGUUUGGCUGCCAGAUAUGGGCAUUUGGAUGUUCUUGAGUAUUGCUAUGAGAGUGGUUGUCCCUGGGAUGCAAGAACGUGUGAACAUGCUGCCAGAAAUGGACAUCUAGACACUCUUAAGUACGCCCGUGAACAUGGCUGUCCUUGGAAUGUAAAGACAUGCCAUGUUGCCGCUGAGCAUGGGCAUCUGGAAGUGCUGAAGUAUGCCCAUGAAAAUAGCUGUUCUUGGGAUGAAGAGACAUGCAGCUGGGCGGCAAAGAUGGGGCAUUUGGGACUUCUGGAGUAUGCCCACAAGAGCGGCUGUCCAUGGCGUGCAUCGACAUGCAUAGCAGCGGCUGAGAAUGGCCAUUUGGAAAUCCUGAGUAUGCCCAUGAAAAUGGGUGUGGGUGGACUUUGGAUGAACAAACGUGCCGGAGGGCAGCCAGGCGCGGUCAGAUAG